CCCAAAGUAAUUUGCUAAAGCACUUGUGUUAUGGAAUUCAGAUACAACGAAGGUACCACAAACCCUCAGGACCUCAGAACCUUAAAACCUUAAAACCGGUGCUCACGCCACUCGACCACGGAGGUCGUCAAAGUUGUUUUGCGAUAGUCCCCAAUACUCUACAAGACCAACUUAACAAAGAUGAAGAUUUUAAAAAUGAAGAUACGGUAUGGUUAGGGCAAUCUGUUAUGGGUGGGUAACUGUCAUAGGUAACUUAGUACUUCGAGCUCUUACUAAUCGCCAGUUCACAUUACUUGUCUAUUUCAGCAAGAACAUUUAUAAUUUAACUUUUCUUCCGUCAAGUACGGGUUACAUUGUAUUCUAAUCGAAAUACAUGCCUUCGGUCCUGGGACUGGAUUACGAAAAUACCUAACUAAUGGUAAAUGGCUUUAUAAUAAAUCAUAUACCGGGACCUACACUUUAGUGUUGUAAUUAAAUUAAUGAAUAUACACCAAGCUGUACUACUGUAGUUUCCUACGCAGUGGUUACCUGCCCUACCGUAACGAGACAGGUGUCUAGCAUGUGUUACAAUACGUCCACAUGGUCUCAAAAUGUGACGUCAUUAAUUAUAAUAUAGUGUUUCUAAUUUUUUAUCCUUUAAAUUAUUGACACAGCACCAACUUGUAAGUAGGUCCUUAAUUUAAACUUUAACAAACACUUGCAACAUCUUGCAACUAACAACAUCAAAAACAAGCACGAUAAUUGUCAUUUUUCAUAUUUUUUAGAAUAAAAUCAAUACAUUCGUUGCCUCUUAAAUGGUAAAAGAUUUAAAAUCCGCCUUUUUCUUGCUUGAAGUAUCCUAGCUAGGACUCAAAUAAUCAAUAUAUUUACAUUUGUCUGUUAAAUUAAGAAAAAAGGUGAACAACCUUUACCCUAAACCGCAAAGGGUUGGUUUAGGUCAUUUAAUUCACCCUAAUUAUUUAUUAUCAGUGUUGCUAAUUAUUUUCAAAACCGAGACCUAAGCGUGACGAGAUAAUAAUAUAUUGUAAUGACAUUGGAAUAUUUUUCCCGCUUUUUUACCCUCGGGGCGGCCAUUUUGUCACUAUUGUCAGGUGGGACCGCAAACCGGAACGCAUCCGUACCAGUCGCGGGCCGCGCUCCCAAUUUCAUCCCUUAUUUAAAAAAAAUAUUAAUUAUUUAUUGUAAUAGCUUUUAUUGUUUAGGAAAAAUAAGCAUUUGUGCUUUUAAGGUGAUGUUACGCGUAUGAUCUUUCUUCAUCGUGUGGUGUGUGUUUUACUGAAUUGAAUUAACGAAUACACAAUAUUUUCGCGCCAGUUUUUCUCCAAGUAAUAGGUAAUCUCAACUUUUCAGUAGAUAAACCUACAAGAAAUCUGUGAUGUUACCUGCUUACCUAGCUAGGUCUUCCUAGUAAACACUUGCUUUUGUUAUUAAGAUUGAAUAUUUAAUUUUAAUUUAAUUACUCAUGUUUUGAACUAUAAUCUCAUAUAAAUAAUGCCUAUGCCAGUUCGAUAGUCUUUAGCUUUACGAAGUCUGUUUUAAUCCAUUAAAAGUAUCUGUAAACAUAAUUACUUUGUAAAAUCACGUUCCACGCUUUGACAAAUGACUUGGCUCGUAUUUUUUUUCUUAGGGCGGGCAAAGACCUUUAACCUUCCAAAAUCGAUUGGAAUGAGAUAUAAGUACCUACGUAAUUAGUGGUGUAUGGUAAUAUGUACAUAUAUGGUAUACUUAUAACAAUGUACUUGAGUAGCUAUAAACAUACAAGUUACAAAAUAAGAACUUAUUACUUAUAAGGAUAAACACGUUUUAUGUAUUCACUUUUAUGACAUUUGUUUGAUAGUCGUGCUAACAUAUUUUUUCGUAUAGUGAAUCUCCUAAAUCCUAACUCUACAUGGAUACACAAUUCUCUUUCAUCCGGGGAUCGAACCCGCAACGUCGCGGCGGCGCAUAUCUUCGGCUACUAAGCUACUAUAAUACAAAUAUUACUAAAAUAGGUUAUGUUAAUAUGUUGCAAUUUUUGAUAGAAGAUCCAAGUUUUGGUUUUAUUGGUUAGUUUAGGUGAAUGUUCAGAUAAUCACCUUAAAGUUAAAAAACUACCAAGUUACCAAGUUUUCGUUUGAGUCAUAAUUAGCCAUGAGUACCGACAUAUAAUAUUUAUUAUCGGCUCAAAGUAAACAAGGGCAGCAAGGGUGGCGUAGGAAAGCACUUGCUAUAAUUUUGUCGAGUCGAUAUGUUUGACAAAUAGUUGUUGAGUACAUGAUUCAUGUAUGGGGGAAGAAGAUCUAUGCUACCUUGUUCGAUGCGUUUUUGUAAAAUUUUGAGACUGGGUGACGUCAACAACCCUUACACUAGAAGACAAUAAGAUACGGUGACCGCAACUCUUUCAAAUAUUUACUUAUGCGGUACUUGGCUAUGAGACCUUUUGCAUACACGUGUGAGAUACGCCGGAAGCACCCGUAUGUACUGAGUCAUGAAGUCGUGACGAUAUGCCUCGGCAACAUUGAUCAGGCCCGCACUUAGGGUGGCUACAGCUAUCUAUUAUGAACGGCUAUUAUUGGAAUAAAAUGACUGCAAAUUAUAACUUUAGAAUUGAAAAUAACUAACAUUUUCUGCACCGCUAUAGAAAAGUAGAAUUUUGCGUGUUAUUGUCGCGUGUUUUGUGUUUUGAAGGUUGUCGGUAGUGGUAAUGAUGGGUUUUGAUAGAGACAGAGUGCAAGCCCGGUCCGGUCCUGCGUCCGAUAACCGUGGCUAAUUGUCCGGAGCUAUCAGCGAUGCGGGCCGGCGUUGUCUUGCGGCGGAAAAAUAUCGAUCGGCAGCACACACCUGUUCGGAGUCGGGCGACGGUGCACAAUGGGGCGCGCACCUGCCCACUAGCAAGCGCGCCGCCGCCCCGCACAGCCGCACACACGCACUCCACACAGCGCCGCGCCAGCAUGCGCGCGGGGGGGCCUCGCUGACCGCCGCGACGUCACACCGCCCGCGCCGUCGCCGAUCGAUUCACUCGGACAUUUUGGUCUACACCGUCCACCACCUUCUUUUAACUCAGGGCGAGCGAUGUAGUUGGCCACGAUGCAUAUAACGUCAGGCCUGUCUCCGGCGUCCGGCGAGAUGCUGGACUCGACGUCGCUCAACUUCUACGGAGAUGCGGGCGAGCAGUGCGCCACCACGUACUUCGCAGUGGAUCACACCGUGCCUGAGUCAUCUCACACCGUCGAGAUAGAGUACGUGUACGAACAGCCUGAGACGUACGCGAUAAACCAAGAAGAUAUAGACAAAUAUGGUGCUCAGAAAGAAACAAUUGUGGUGGCGGAACAGGACGACUAUUCAAAGAAGAUACGCAGCAAGCACAAGCUUAGCAAUAUGGUCGUGGAUGAUGAACCAGAGGCGGACCUGACGAACCUGACGUGGCUGCAGAACAUAACGAACAUCAUGUCAGUGCCGCAGUUCCCGCUGCCGCCGAUGUCACCAAACCCUGAGGUGAAGACUCAGCCGCAGAACACACGCCUGCAGAAGUUCAACCAGACGAUAGCGAAAUGUCAGAAAGACUUUACGGAAAACAAACAGGAGUACCAGACGAACAGCGAGAAGAAACCGCCGUACUCUUACAGCACGCUGAUCUGUAUGGCGAUGAGAUACAACAACGAUAAAAUGACCUUGUCAGCAAUAUACUCGUGGAUCAGAGAAAACUUCAAAUAUUACAGGAACGCCGAUCCCACAUGGCAGAAUUCGAUUCGGCAUAAUCUCUCCUUAAACAAAGUGUUCGUGAAAGUCGCUCGAUCUAAACACGAGCCGGGAAAAGGUGGUUUUUGGAAACUUGACCUCGCGCACCUCGAAGGCACCAAACGAAUCUCAAAUAGACCACACAAGAAGAAGAAAACAUCACAGAAGGACAAAGCCACAGAGGAGAGAACUGCGGUUGCAAACAUACCGCAGAUCAACGCAAUUGAAGAUAUCACGGAUGAAAUAAAUCAGGCUGUGACGUUACAUUUGCCAGACUUCAAUCUCGGCAGCAUCCAAAGCCUGCCAGACAUCGAUUUGGAGACGAACAUCGGAGCAAAUGUGAUCGUGGAACCAGCUAUUCCACCUCCUCUGAUCCCCGAAGAUGACCUGUCCUCACUACUCCUGAACCCUACGGACUGGGACGACCUUCAACUAGACAUGUUGGAUAACUAUCUGGAUUCUUGUUUCAAGUAAGAUUAUUUUUACUUUUUAAGAUACCUGUUUCAGUGUUAGGGAGUGUACAGUUUGGUUUUAGAUGUAGACGUUGAUAUUUUUAAUUUGUAAAUUAUCCGAUGGAAGGCGUUUUCCGUAAUGUCAUUUAUUUUUAUAAGACUACGACGUAAAUGUUAUUGAUUACAAUAUCAAGAAAAUGUAUGGUGACGAAAAAGUCUUGAUGUAAAAAUGACGCAUGACGUAAACCUAAAUAAAUAACAAGUCAAUAAGUUUGGAUUACAUGAGUCACUAUAUACUUUGACUUAAUACAAUCGUGAAUAUUGAAGGCUAGUAAUUUUCUAUAGAAGUAAUAUCUAUAACUCAAUUACAACAGUUCAUUACAAUCGGGUUUAAAACUUAAUCUAGUCAAAAACGGCAUAAGCGAAAGAGUGGAUACGUAAAGUAUCAAAACCGUUGUUUAAAUAGUAUUUUAUAACACCGUUAGAUCGAUUUUUUAUUUCUAUCAACUUUGUUGCUGUAGUAAUGGUAAUCCCGCCAUUUCAUAAAGUUUCCAAAUUGUGACAAUUAACAUGAAUGAAAUAAUAUAAAAAGAAACUGUUAAUAAAACUAUAGCAUUUAAACAGCUUUUACUCGCGAAUAGGUCCGUGUAAGUUUUGCUGUUAUCCUAGUCGUCAUAAUAUAUAAUUUAAUGUAAGUUGAUAUGCACAAUAUUUAUAUA